GCCAGCAGGCUGCUUUUUGAUCCAGACUGCUUGUUACAUGAUCUCCUGGAAUACAGCGCUCCCCUCGCUACUCGAUGGCUUUUCGGGUUGUUCUCGCUUUGCGGCGCAAAGAGCACGGAAGGAUGCUGGCGCCACGCUGAACCUACAUCAUCUGGCCUUUCCUUCCCCCUUCCCCUCUUGUGGUCUUAACCUGUCUACUCCGUCUCCCUGACCUCCCUCCUCACCCCCCAUCUCCUGAUUUAAUGCUGCCGCCCCCUCGACAAUGAUACCAUGCAUUAACUGGCUGCAGCCUUUCCUUGCCUUGAUCUCCUCCACCUUGCUUACGCGAGGCCACAACUGUCCAACCAGCUGUUUGUGUCCAGACCACCACACCGUGGACUGCACCGGCCAAGGUCUAACCGGAGUCCCAGACUCCAUCCCUCUGGAUGUUCGCCGUCUCCUGCUCUCCAACAACUGGAUUCCCUGGAUCCCUUCUGACUUCUUGGUCCUCUACAGCGAUCUGGUCUAUCUGGACCUGAGGAAUAACUCCCUCUCCCAGCUGGACCCAGGGACCCUGAGCACCUCCUCUAGAUUAGUGUUCUUGGACCUGGGGAGCAACAACCUGACGGAAAUCUUCUCUGGAACAUUUGGGGAGUCCAGGAGUCUGAUCAAACUACGACUGGGGAACAACCCCUACCUAAAUAUGGUAGGCACGGAUGCUUUCACGGGGUUGACUUCUUUGAGGGAGCUUGAGCUAGAGAGGAAUGGUUUCACAGAGCUGGACGUCAUGGUCCUGGAAUCUCUGCCCUCUCUCCGGAUGCUGCGUCUGGAGGGAAACCCUUGGCUGUGCAACUGCCACUUUGCCAAACUGUUUGUAUGGCUGACAGAGAACCGCCAAAAGCUCCCAAAGGGUUUGGAGGGGAUAGAGUGCUCCCUGCCUCUGGAUGGGCGUCGUGUUCCCCUAACUUUCCUCUCCGAAGAAAGUUUUCGGGAGUGCCGUGGUACCCUCACCCUCACCGACUACCUCAUCGUCAUCUUCUCCGGCAUCUCCGUCUCAGUGGUGGCCAUCAUGGCCAGCUUCUUCCUCGCCUCCACGGUCCACUGCUUCCAGCGCCUCAGCAAAGGCAGCAAAGGAGAUGAGGAAGAAGGCGACGACUGAUGGGGGGGAAGAGGAAGGGGAAAUUGUGUUUCAAAGUGUUUCACACAAAACUCUUGCUCAGAACUCGACAAAACGUGAGAGCAAGGAGAGAUCAAGAACAAGAAAGCUCGUACUGUGUCAAAUCCAAGAUCACACUUGAGCUAUUGUGAGAAUCACAGACUUGUUUAGGAAACAUCAGAUAGGCUUGAAUCUCUGUGAACAGGUAUUGCAUUCACCGUAUGUAGCAAUUUCUACUACUGCGUACUAACUGACUGUAGGGACACUGGUCAGUACAAUGGCUUUUUGUCAGGAACAGAAGAGCUGUAGCAUUGCACAGCAAUUACUCCCGUCUUGAAAAAUAUAUGCAGUCCUCGUCAUUAAGACUGAGAUCGGUUAAAGUAUUCUAGAUGGAGAUGAAGUGACAAAAUUGACAAAAAGUGAGGCAAUCAAAGACUGGUAAGCACUGCAAGGGAAAUACAAAUUAUGUCUCCAACAGAUGUUACCUGUGGUGCAAGCCAGAAGAGGUCUUGCAGUGGGAGCUGACCAGUAAAAAAACUCGUCCUUUACUGUUGGCCCUCACAGGUCUGAAAAUAUAUACCCAACCCAAAAAGGAACCAUGACUUAUGCCAGGAUCAGACUACAGGAUAUUUUAGUCUUUGAGAUGGUCAGUGUGUCAGAUUAGACAAUCAUAGAUUCAUACAUUCUUUUUGUGACAUGGCAGAGUGACAGAACCAACAAUUUCAUUUCCAUCUUCUACAUUUUCGCGCACGUGCACAGAAGAGCACUUUGUGCUCCAAGGGACCAACAUCACAGAACACAUUAUUGAAGUUGUCAAACUAGGCGAGAGAAGGCAAAAAAAAUCUAGCCUGCUAGGCUUGUUGUCUGUUACGUUGGUUGUCUUCCACUGCAAUAUGCUAUGCAGGAUUAAACAAGCAAUGGACAAAGGAAUUAGUCAAAUAAAUCAUAGUUACCGCCAGUCAAAGCUACGUUUUUGCUUGGAAAGUAGUUGCAAAAAAUUGUAAAGUAACUGUAGAAAAUUCUUGACGUUUUAAGUCAGACCGUACCCAAUGCGCAGAGGGCUACAAAGACAUUGUUUGUAUCGAGUCGGCGGGUCUGCAGAGGUUCAGGUCUUCCCAAGACCUCUACUGAGAGUGUCCACUGGUACAGCUGGUGGGUAAGUGCCUUGCUCAACAGCAUCUCGGUUGUUGAAAGACGAGUUGUCAGAAUUUGAAAAUCAGCUCUCUGAAAUAUUCACAUACACUCAUUUACAAUACUUCAUUUUUAUUGUACAUGUUGUUUAUUUUAUUUUACUCCAAAACAAUAUAUCAUAUUUCAUCAGUAAAUUUAUAUUUUGUAUUAUUAAUCUGGAUCUGCAAACUAAUUACUAACUAAGUACAGUGGAGUAAAAAGUACAGGAUUCAAGAUUCAAUAAUGUAUUGCCAUAUCAACCAAAGUUCAUUAGGAGUUUGUUUCGGUGUGCUUAACAACAAAACAUAUAAUUACAUAACACACAAAACAAAACAUACUGCCACAAUUACAAUACAGUAACCAUACAAUGAAUACAACAGUGCAACCAGAUGGCUCAUGCCCUUAAAGUGACAAGUUAAAGUGCAUGUGCUCACUUAUACAGCCGGUGAAGCAUUUAGGAUACGGAUUGCUUCAGGAUAAGUGCUACUGUGGAAGCGAGAUGUUCUAGUCUUAAUACUGUGUAAUCUUUUACCCAAAGGUAGAAGACUGAAUAGAGGAUUUGAAGGAUGUGAGGAGUCCUUUAAAAAAAAA